AAAGAUCUCUUCCACAACGGAUAAGGAAAAUCUCUUAAAACUUCAAUUGUGAUAACACAAAACAAAACCAGAACCACACCUACAUAUCCAAUUCCAUGGCCACCAUAUUCUCCCCCUCUGCCCUCUCCUCCUCCUCCGCCGCUACCAGUACAGCCCCAACCACAAAACCAUAUGUAAACAAGCCCCAGGUUCCUCUCCCACCCUCCAAACCACCCUUAACUACCUUAACCACCGCACUCACCGCCACAGCCCUUGCCACUACACUCCUAAGCACCCCUCCUCCUUCACUAGCUGACUCCCCCGCCGCAACCUACAACCUGUAUUAUGGCACCGCCGCCAGCGCAGCUAACUACGGAGGCUACGGCGGUAACUCGAGCAAGAAAGACUCGGCCGAGUACGUCUACGACGUGCCGGAAGGUUGGAAGGAGCGCUUGGUCUCAAAGGUCGAGAAGGGAACCAAUGGCACCGACAGCGAGUUCUACAACCCAAAGAAGAGGUCGGAGCGAGAGUACCUCACGUUCCUUUCUGGGUUUCGUCAGCUAGCGCCUAUGGACGCGGUGCUAAACAACUUGGCAUUAUCGGACGUGGAUUUGCAGGACCUGAUAGCCAGCGCCAACAGCGUUACUUCCGAGGAGAAAAAAGACGAUAAUGGCCAGGUAUACUAUGUGUACGAGAUUGAUGGGGUGGGUGCGCACAGUUUGAUCUCGGUAACUUGUGCAAAGAACAAGCUUUAUGCGCAUUUUGUUAAUGCGCCUGCGCCAGAGUGGAAGAAGGACCUGGACAUGUUGAAGCAUGUUCAUGAGUCUUUCAAGACUAUUGGAUCGUUUUAGUGUACUUCGAGGGUGGAUGCCAGAGGGGAAUUAUGAGAGUCAGGGGAAAAAGGUUUUGGUUACUGAUGUAAGGUCAAAUUUGUUAUCGUGUGCCGAUUUGAGAUACUAAUUCUAUUGUAUGAUAAUUAGUUUUGUUGCUAAA